AUGGCACCCAUCCUCACCUCCAAUCCCUCCAUCACGCUCGUUCCCGAGCCGCUCACGCCGGCCAGCUUUGCGCCUUUUGGUACCGCAAUCUGCUCACCACUACCGCGGGAAGUCAGCGUAGCCCCCCAGCCAUCAUCAUUGCCUCCAUCUCCAUAUAGUCCGACCCCUGUUUUGGCCAACCAGAAUUCCGCCCUCAAGUACAGCCCUAUCUCGCCUCUCAUUGACGGCUAUACCAAUGGCUCUCCAAGUGGGAAGCCUUCCUCCGCACGCAUGACUAUGUUCUGUUGCUUCCCCCGACAAUUGCGCACGAUCACUGCCAGUCAACAGCCGGAGAAAGAAGUUUUCGAUGUGCGCAUCCUCGAGCGUCAUCCAUUCACGAAUCAGACCUUCAUCCCGGUUGAUCUAUCCAGCCACGGGAAGGUUGGGGACGGAGAAGAAGAGCCGGUCUUUUUGGUAGUAGUGGCGCCAACAUUGAAAGGAGAGACUGCUACUGCGAGGAACAGCACCGGGGAGACAAUCACCAUUCGAGAUCCACCUGAUCUGCGAAAUGUGAAGGCCUUCAUCGCUCGAGGCGGCCAGGCUGUGACCUAUGGCGUGGGAACAUGGCAUGCGCCUAUGGUGGUUCUGGGACGCCGACGAGUCGACUUUGUUGUGGUACAGCAUGUAAACGGCGUGGAAGAUGAAGAUUGCCAAGAGGCGGCUUUCGGAGAGGGCAUCACCGUCGACUUGGGUCAGAAAGGUCAGUAUGGGCGACCAGAGAAGACGCCUGCGCGAUUGUGGGCAUCAAAGCUGUGA